AUGACGAUUAGUGCAACUAAAAUGUCUGUGUUUGAUUUCUUUCAGUUGGCCAAGAAGAUUCGGGAGAAGUUUAACCGUUACUUGGAUGUGGUGAACAGGAACAAACAGGUGGUGGAGGCCUCCUACACCGCUCACCUCACCUCUCCACUCACUGCGAUACAGGACUGCUGCUCCAUACCAGCAUCAAUGAUGGAGUUUGAUGGAAACUUCAAUACAAACGUCUCCAAGACCAUCUGCUGUGACAGACUCUCUCCCACCGUCAACAGCCGAGCUUUCAACCCCGGGCGAGACCUCAACUCGGUCCUUGCUGACAACCUGAAGUCCAACCCUGGCAUAAAGUGGCAGUAUUUCAGCUCAGAGGAGGGCAUCUUCACCGUCUUCCCAGCCCACAAGUUCCAUUGCAAAGCCAACUAUGAGCACCGGAGCAGGCCCGUGUACGUCUCUGCGGUGCGGCCACAGUCUAAACACAUUGUGGUGAUGGUCGAUCAUGGAGCGUCUGUAACUGACACCCAGCUUCAGAUCGCCCGAGACUCAGCGCUGGUCAUCCUUAACGCCGUAGACGAACAUGACAAGAUUUCCAUCCUGUCAGUGGCUGAGACAGUCCGCUCCUGCUCCCUGGACCAGUGCUACAAGAGUCUGCUGUCUCCAGCCACCAGUGAGACCAAGAGGAAGAUGAGCACCUUCAUCUCCAACAUCAAAGCCUCUGACGGAGCCACGCAACAUGCAGCCGGCUUCCAGAAGGCCUUCCAGUUACUGCGCAACACCAGCAGUCUCAGCAAACAGAGCAGCACCACAGACAUGGUGAUCAUCUACCUUUCGUCUGGAAUCACGUCUCGAGAGUCGUCAGAGCAGGAGAAGAGAGCCACUCUCGGUGUGGUCAGAGAGGAGAACCGACACCUCAACAACUCGGUCAUGAUCCUCACCUACGCCUUAAUGAAUGAGGGGGUUACAGGCUUGAAGGAGCUGGCCUUCCUGAGAGACCUCGCUGAGCAGAAUUCCUUGAAGUAUGGCAUGGACAGAGCGUACGAGCGAGAGCGCUCGGCGGCCGCGUCCUCCGGCUCAGCAGCGGCUUCCAUGAUGCCGGUGGUGAAGGGCAGCAUGAUGGUGUUGAACCAGUUGAGCAAUCUGGAGACAACAGUCGGGCGCUUUUAUAUCAACCUGCCCAAUCGCAUGAUAGACCUGGCCCGCUUCAGCCUCCCCUACACUGACCCAAUGGGGGACGGGUUUAUUAUGACGGUGAGCCGGCCGUGUUACUUUGGGAACCUACUCCUGGGUGUUGUCGGGGUGGAUGUAAACCUGGCCUACAUCCUGGAAGAUGUCACCUACUACCAAGACUCCCUGGCGUCUUACACCUUCCUGAUUGACAACAAAGGGUACACUUUGAUGCAUCCGUCGCUGACGAGGCCCUACCUGAUGACAGAGCCUCCCCUGCACACAGACAUUAUCCACUAUGAGAAUAUUCCAGGAUUCCCUGCUGCCCGACAGAACAUCCUUGGCCUCCCUUUGGGCAGUCAGGUCAUUACAGUACCAGUGAACUCCUCUCUGUCGUGGCACACCAACAGGCUCAGGGACAACAGCAAAGAGGCUUACAAUGUCAGCUACGCAUGGAAACUGGUCCAGGACACAACAUUCAUCCUUUGCAUUGUGUACGUACAACCGGAGAUCCCAGUAAAGCAGCUAAAGAACCUGAACACAGCUCCCAGCUCAAAGCUGCUCUACCAUCGUUUAGAUCUUCUGGGUCAGCCCAGCUCCUGCCUGCACUUCAAGCAGCUCGCCACUGUUGAAUCUCCGACAGUGAUGCUGGCAGCUGGUAGUUUCUCAUCCCCCUAUGAGCACCUCAGUCAGCCAGAGACAAAGCGGAUGGUGGAGCACUACACAGCCUACCUGAGUGAUAACACCAGGCUCAUAGCCAACCCAGGCCUCAAGUCCUCUGUCAGGAAUGAGGUUAUGGCAACCAGUCAUGUCACGGAUGAGUGGAUGACAUUAAUGGAAAUGAGUAGCCUCAACUGCUACAUUGUGAGGCGUUACAUAGCAACGCCCAGCGGGGUGCUCCGGAUUUACCCUGGAUCACUGAUGGACAAAGCAUUCGACCCGACCCGCAGACAAUGGUACCAGCAUGCUGUGGCCAAUCCAGGCCUCAUUACCUUCACAGGGCCAUACCUGGAUGUUGGCGGAGCGGGCUAUGUGGUCACCAUCAGCCACACCAUUCAUGCCUCCAGCUCUCAGAUGGCGCCGGGUUAUGCAGUGGCAGUGAUGGGUAUAGAUUUUACUCUUCGUUACUUUUAUAAAGUCCUACUGGACCUGUUACCCAUCUGCAACCAGGACAAAGGCAACAAGAUCCGGUGUUUUAUAAUGGAGGACAGAGGCUACCUGGUUGCCCACCCUACACUGAUUGACCCUAAAGGCCACGCCCCUGCAGAGCAGCAGCACAUCACACACAAGGAGCCACUGGUUGCAAAUGACAUCCUGAACCAUCCAAACUUUGUCAAGAAAAAUCUCUGCAACAGCUUCAGUGACCGCACAGUGCAGCGCUUCUACAAGUUUAACACCAGCAUAGUGGGCGAUCUCACCAACCUGGUUCAUGGCAGUCACUGUUCCAAAUACCGUUUGACCCGAAUCCCUGGCACCAACGCGUUCGCUGGCAUCGUGAACGAGACGUGCGACUCGUUGGCGUUCUGCGCCUGCAGCACGGUCGACCGCCUCUGCCUCAAUUGCCACAGGAUGGAGCAGAAUGAGUGUGAGUGUCCAUGUGAGUGCCCCCUGGAGGUCAAUGAGUGUACAGGCAACCUCACCAAUGCUGAAAACAGGAACCCCAGCUGUGAGGUGCACCAAGAGCCGGUCAGUCUGAAUGUGAUCGAUCCCAGCCUUCAUGAUACCCUGCCCCAGUGUAUCAACACCCGCUGUAGCCAGAGGUACACCAGCAGUGACUGUUUUGGUGUGUUGGACUGUGAGUGGUGCAUGGUGGACAGUGACGGCAAAACCCACCUGGACAAGCCCUACUGCGCUCUGCAGAAGGAGUGUUUUGGAGGCAUUGUGGGUGCCAAGAGUCCCUAUGCGGAUGGCCUGGGGCUUCUUGAUGAGGAAGUUGCAUCUUUAAACAUGAUCAAGAGUGCCCCUGUGGGUCCAGUAGCAGGAGGCAUUAUGGGAUGUAUCAUGGUGUUGGUGCUGGCCGUGUAUGCGUACAGGCACCAAAUCCACAGACGCUCACACCAGCACAUGUCGCCACUGGCAGCACAGGAAAUGUCAGUGAGGAUGUCGAACCUUGACAAUGAGAGGGAUGACAGGGAUGAAGACAGUCACGAGGACAGAGGAAUCAUUAGUAAUACCAGAUUUAUAGCGGCAGUGAUCGAGAGGCACACUCACACUCCUGAACGGAGACGGAGGUACUGGGGGCGAUCCGGGACGGAGAGUGACCACGGCUACAGCACCAUGAGUCCACAGGAGGACAGUGAGAAUCCACCUGGAAACAACGACCCCCUCUCAGCAGGCGUGGACGUCGGUAACCACGACGACGACAUGGACCUGGACACGCCUCCCCAAACGGCUGCGCUGCUCAGCCACAAGUUCCAUCCGUAUCGACACACGCACACACACCACCACCCGCUGCACACACAUCACCUGCAGGCUGCAGUGACUGUGCACAGUGUGGACGCCGAGUGCUGAUCCACCGCACGCUGUUCCACUUCCUGACAGGGAUGGAACUUCUUUUCUUUUUUUUCCUGUUAAAGUCUGAAGUUUUAUGCUCAAAGCAGAUGGUGAGAGGAAAGCACCUCUGUACUCAGUGUCCCAGGGCCGCUUGGACUCACGUUAUUCAAGAUGGAUGGUGCCACGUAGUGACAUCGUGGCAACAUUUGAACCUGGGCCUCUGGUAUUCAACCCAUCUUGAAAUCUUGCAGAAAAAGCCAGCACAUAAAACCAUUUGGAUUUUCUUUUGAAGGAUUUAGGACUCACAAGUCAGAGCAGGAUGUUUGGCACUGACAUAAAGCUGUUGGAGCCCAGUCAUCGGACGUCACUGAAGAAAAGACACAACUGGAGUUCAAAAGCUUUGAACAGAGAUAAAGAUCUUUAUUUUUUAGUAACUUACAGUUCACACGGACUGUUGAAUUUACAGUUGGAGCUCAUUGUGGAUCGCUUUUGACCAGGUCUUCAGCUUGUAAAAGUAGCUUCCCUGCAAGGUGCUUGUGAAAUGGAGCAGGAAGGACACAAAGCACUCCCCACAUUCACAAAAACUGUGAGAUCUCUAGUGAGGAGCGAAUAGACUAUAUUUUAACUUUUAAAAAUGGCUGUAGUGGGAUACAAACAAAUUUUAUUUCAACUUCACUCGCCUUGACACUCCAGAUAAACUCUCCAGAGUUGGGUUUCUCUCAGUGUCAGACCCUUGAUCCGAAGGAUGAACUGCAGAUCUCACACAUGGCGUGGAACGAUAUCUGGACCUUUUCAUGAAUGUCAGCGGACUUCACUGUAGAAACAUGCUUCUGUGUUUCAACAUGAAUACAAGAGGAAACUCUUUUAAGGGGAAACUAUUAUUUUUCUACUAUUUAUUAAAGAGGUAGAGUUUCACGACGGACAAAAAGCAGCUGCCUGUAACGAGACAAGAAAUGUUUCAACCAGCGAAUAAGAUCUACUUUGCGUUAUUUUCAGUGCUUUUUAUUUCCCAACAGAUAUGGUUGCUCAUUAAGGAUGUUCAGAAGAAAAACAUAUUGUUAGCUGUUAUUUUGUAUAAGGUAAACAAUUCAAUGCCGUUUAAACAUACAGGUCCAUAUAUUAAGCUGUUCAAAACUCUCCUUUCUGAGGCCCCUGCCCUUGUUCUAGGUGUAUAGUUACUUGCAUUUCUCAUGUCUUCCUGUAUUAAAAGAGUGGGGACACAAACACUUUUCAAUUUAAUACAGUCCAGUGUUAAUGCUGAUUAGUAUCACCCUACCUUUCACUGGAGCCUAAAUUACAAAUAAGUGAUUGACUUCAUACAUUUAAUUACUAAAAAUAAGUAAACAUUAUAACGGAUAUCAGUGGUAUAGUGGUGCCGUUGAUUGUAUGACUGCAAAUUCUAAAGGGUAUAAAGGAAAAAAUAAAUAAAUACAAAGUUUAGAUGUUUAGGGCUGAAAAAUCUUUUGGGGAAUCUUGGAAAAGUGAUAUCUGACAUGUAACACAUCUGUUUUCGUUGUUAUAUGGGUUCUUUAGAGUUGUAACUUGCUGCUGUGACGGGGGAAAUACAUAUGUUGCAAUUCUGGACGUGUUCUCUGUAUUAAGGAGCAUAACUUUUAAGAUCAGUGAAAUUUCCCAGUCUCCUGGGGACAGAGGAGGGAGGAUAGAAGCUAACACCAGCAAAAAAAAAAACAUUCCUGGCUUUUGUCACUAGUGGGGAUUGGGUGUGUGAGGAUAAUUGGAGGCCCUCAGAGAGGUCCUGAAGGUUUUUCAGACUGGAGUGCUGUCCUGAGUAAAGAAAAGAACAGGCCAGAUUUUUUUUUUUUUUUUUUUUUAUAAACUACAACCUUUUGCCUCUGAGGCCCAGCUCAUGCUGAUGUAUGUUAUGUUUUGUCCUGGUUGAAUUUCCAGUGAUGCCUAUGAUGCAGUCUCCUUCUUGUUAAUGGGAAUAAAAGAGGUAGAGAUUCUGCUGUCGUUGUGCAGAGGUUACACCCGACUAUUGGUCCUCUGUGGUUAACCACUCGAAAUGUAUUUUUUACAUGUGUCUGGAUUAAUAUGCACGUUUUGUGUGUGUGCGUGUGUGUGUGCAUGAGAGAGAGUAUUUGUGGGUUAUGAAAGUGUGAUUAUCCACCUGGAACAUUUUCAUCGAAUUGAUUAUUUUUCCAAAAAUAGUAUUAGAGAAAUAUAGGGGGAUAUAAUAAUUGACAAAUCCAGUUAUUUUUAUUCUGAGGUGUCUGAACUUGAUCCAGUCUGUGCUUUGUGUGUUUGAUUGCUCUGCAGUUCAAAUUGCACCAGUGUGGCAUCCAUUUUGUUUUCCUCCGGGUGCCAAAAUGUCUGCUGUUCUUGAGAGACUCGUCAUAAAGUGUAAAUACAAAGAAUCACAAACGGCUAUUAAUGUCCAGUAGACUUUUUUUUUUCAAAUGUUGGUAAGACAUGAUAUAUGCUUCACAUGUUUCUCAAAUACUUGGGUUGAUGUGGAAUUGUCUGUUCAUGGUGUCUUUCUAUAUUUUUGAUGCCUUGGAUGUUUUUUUUUUGUUUUUUUGGUCUUAUUUUUCUUUAGGUCCAUAUUGGAUGGAAGUCAGUACUUGGAAAAAUGAACAUACACUUUUAUGAGAGAUUUUUUUAGUUUUAAAAGGUUU